CCCCACGUUGUUUACCAUCCGCCACAGAAGCGGAAGUAAAGCAACGUACACAACGCUGGCGUGAUCACACGUGGGUAAGCAAGUUUAUCAGUGGUACAUGUAAUGUGGUGUUGGUAGUUCAAGUGGAAAACAUGUCAAAGAGACAGAAAGCUAUGUCAGAAGAAAAGACGGGUGCUGGAGUGGGACACGGGGAGGAGGAGAUCCAGGAACCGCCGCCGGAGACCAGACGGACCCGCAGCGGCCGAAAAGUUCGCACUCCUGCCGCAUUGCUGGACUCGGAAGCUCCGGUGAGGACUCCCACCCGGAGGACGAGGAGGUCCGUCCUCCAGGAGCUGCCGGCGGUGGAAGAGAAAAAUACGGAGGUGGCCGAGCGGAGACCCGAGAGUCUGCCCGAGGAGACGCUCCGCAUGUCCGCAGACCCGGUGCCGGUGCACACGGCGGCCGCAGCGGAUACAGACAGAGCCGAGGGCAACGGGAGCGGAGACCUCCAUCAGUCCGGGCCCGCACCAGCUGAAACCGCACCCGCGAGUACCGACACCGUCCCGAAGAAGAAGCCUCGUGUGGAGUCGAGUGGAAAACCGAAGCCGGUGGUUCCGCUGGUUCCGCUGGGAAAACCCAAAUCCGGGAGAGUGUGGAAGGACCGCAACAAGCAGAGGUUCUCAGCAAUGGUGAGAGAUAAACCGUUGUGCUCUUCGUGGGAAAAGAAGAUGCAGGCCAAGCGGGAGAAGGAUCAGUUGAAACAGUAUUCUGUGCAGCUUAAAGACGAGAAAGCCAAACAGAAAGAGGAAAAGAGAAAAAGGAGAGAAGACAACUUGAAACGCCGUGCAGAGAACGAACGCAAAGCAGAGAUUGUGCAAGUGAUCAAAAACACGGCAAAGAUCAAGAGGAUGAAGAAGAAACAGCUGAGGAAAAUCGAGAAGAGAGACACACUGGCUCUGCUGCAGAAGUCACAGAAGCAAAAUGUAAAAGCCAAAACGCAAAAAAGUAAUAAGGUGGAUCAAGAUCUCACCUAAAGACUGCGAGAUAAUAAACAUGCAUCUGUUCAGUACUUUGCCUUCAUGUCUUAUAUUUGGAUGUCUGAAAUACAGGAAAAAUGCCCCUUUGGGAAGAUUUACACAUUGACCUAAUAAGAACUUUCUAUAUAGAGAAGUAUAAUGAAGUUAAAAGUAGUAAAAAAAAAAAAAGGACUGGUCAGGACUGUUUUUUUUUUUUUUUAUUAAAUUUUUUUGCAUUAUAUAGAUAUUAUUAAUUUGCUUAUUGUCCUGUUUUAUUCUCUUAAGAGCUUGUGUGCCUGUAAAUACUCACGUGAAAAACGUUUUACUUACAGUAUUUUAUAUGAAAUAAAAUCAUAAUGAAAUCAAA